UAUGCUUAAGAUAUUCCCAGUGUCUCAGAUCACUCCCUGUUGCCUAUAGGUCAAGAUGUAGGACUUUUAGCUCCUUAUCCAGCACCAUGUCUGCCUGAAAGCCAUCAUACUGCACCAUGAUGAUAAUGGACUAAAUCUCUGAAAAUUACUUUCUAAACAGCUCUACUUCCGGUGGUCUGGGCAGGAGAUUCCCAAUAGACUGUUCUAGCCUCUUUUGGGCAGUCCCAGGAGGAAGAAGGCAUCUGUCUCUGACAGCCUCAUUGGGCAACAGUGUUGGCUAACAGGAAGCUGGCAGCCUCCUAGCAGAGCCCAGUGAGUUUGGCCGUGAAGAUGGAAUUGGAUAGGAACUCUUCAACUCCCCAAGACGCCAUUGCCCCUCCUGGGGUUCUUGGUGCUGGGCCCGGAAGCUCCCCACUGGGGAAGCUUCAAGCACUUCCCAUUGGGCCAGGUGCCCACCGAGGGGCUCCCGGCAGCCCAGCUUCAGCAGGGGACAGCUCUUUGGGGGAGCCAAGUGGUGCCGUGAAGAUCCCCAACAGGGACAGUGGGAUUGACAGUCCAUCCUCCAGUGUGGCUAGUGAGAACUUCCCCUGUGAAGAGGGCAGUGGGGGCUCCCCAGGCCCUGCCAUACUGGGGCUACACCCUGAGACAGCUGUGGACGGCCAGGUCCCACAAGACACCCCCCAGGAGGAGGAAGAUAGUGGCGUGGGUGAGGAACCUGACCCUAAGAUCAUCCCUUCCGGGCCAGAGGAGAAUGUCAGCUUGACUCAGUGCUCUGACCCACAGAAGCUGCUGCACAUUGCCCAGGAGCUCCUGCACACAGAGGAAGCCUACGUGAGGCGUCUGCACUUGCUGGACCAGGUCUUCUGCACCAAGCUGACAGAAGCGGGAAUCCCUCCAGAAGUGACCACUGGCGUUUUCUCUAACAUCUCUUCCAUCUACCGUUUCCAUGGGCACUUCCUCCUGCCCGAGUUGCAGAAGAGGAUCACAGAGGAGUGGGACACAAAUCCUCGCCUUGGGGACAUCCUGCAGAAACUGGCUCCAUUCCUGAAGAUGUACGGAGAGUACGUCAAGAACUUUGACAGGGCAAUGGGGCUGGUGAGCACAUGGACCCAGCGCUCUCCGCAGUUUAAGGACGUCAUCCACAGCGUUCAGAAACAGGAGGUGUGCGGGAACUUGACGCUGCAGCACCACAUGCUGGAGCCUGUGCAGAGGGUCCCCCGCUAUGAGCUGCUGCUCAAAGACUACCUGAAGAGGCUCCCCAGGGAUGCCCCAGACCGGAAGGAUGCUGAGAGGUCCCUGGAGCUCAUCUCCACAGCUGCUGAUCAUUCCAAUGCUGCCAUUCGGAAGAUGGAGAAAAUGCAUAAGCUCCUGGAGGUGUAUGAGCAGCUGGGUGGCGAAGAGGACAUUGUCAACCCAGCCAAUGAGCUGAUCAAGGAGGGCAACAUCCAGAAAUUGUCAGCCAAGAAUGGCACCACUCAGGACCGACACCUCUUCUUGUUCAACAAUGUGAUGCUCUACUGUGUACCCAAACUAAGGCUCAUGGGCCAGAAGUUCAGUGUACGAGAGAAAAUGGACAUCUCUGAUCUCCAGGUGCAAGAUACUGUGAAACCAAAUGCAGCACGCACAUUCAUCAUAACAGGAAGAAAAAGGUCCCUGGAGCUUCAGACUCGGACAGAAGAAGAGAAGAGAGAAUGGAUUCAGGUUAUUCAGGCCACUGUGGAGAAGCACAAACAGAAGAGUGAGACUUUCAGGGCCUUCAGCGGUGCCUGUAGCCUGGAUGAGGAGCCCGGCCUGUCCCCAGACCAGCCCAUCAUGAGUGCCAGCUCUGUGGAAACUGCAGGGGUAGCCGACAGCAAUGGGGGGACUGCAGGGAUCGAGUCCAGAAAGUUGUCCUCUAAAACAAGACGUGACAAAGAGAAGCCUGGAUGUAAGAGCUGUGGUGAGACCUUCAACUCCAUCACCAAGAGGAGGUAUCGCUGCAAGCUGUGUGGCGAGGUCAUCUGUAGGAAGUGCUCCGAGUUCAAGGCUGAGAACAGUAAGCAAAGCCGUGUCUGCCGAGAGUGUUUCCUGGAAGAGCCCUUGGUCCCUGCCAGCCCUAACUCUGAGACUCCCACUGAGCUCAAACAGAAUGCAGAGAAGCCUCCCUCUGCGGAACCUCGGCCCAGCCUGCUCUGCAGCACCCUGCGUCUGUCAGACAAUGGUACAACCUGGCGUGAAGUGUGGGCAGACAUCCCUGAGUCAGAUCCUCAGGUGCUAGACCUGCUGGCAGGCAGCCAGGCUGGCAGACUGCUGCAUACCAUCCCUCUCUCUGGCUGUACUGUAACGGUGCCCGACCCUGAGGAGGGGCUGGAGGCAGGGUGUGUGUGGAAGCUGCAUCGGGGCCCGCAGACCUGGUGGCUGAGCGCCUCCUCCACACAGCUGCAGCGGUGUUGGCUGGAAGUUCUGGGCACUGCUGCCUGUGGGGACAGGGCUGGGGACAGACCAGGUGCCUCGCAGCCCCAAGCCUCGGCAAGCACUGACACCCCAUGACCAGAGCCUCCUACUGUCCUUUC